AUGAAAUUUCAUUCUGUAUCUGACUAUAGAAAGCACAUUAAAGCAUUGAUAUUCACACCAUAUGAUCAAUCGCAGCCUUUGAGUUGGUCGAAAAAGUUAACAAAAUCAACAGAGAAUUGUUAUAACAUUCAGGAAGGAAGAAUCGUUGAGCGAGGGUUGAAAGGUCGCUACAUUUCACCAAUUCGGAUUAAAAACAAACACAAUUCAUCGACCCGAUCAACGUCACCAGCUGGUCAGUCAAUAACCAGCAUUAAAACCAUUUCAACGAGUACACCCACACAUCAAUUGCCGCAUAGCGAAUACUUCAGUGCUUCACAAACACUAAAUUGGAGAAUUCUGCAACGUGACAAGCUCGCCACAUGUAAUUUUGACGGUGGAAGGAGAGAAGACGAUCAACAAUCAACCGAAAGAUUAUUCGAUGAAGAUCGUGGACGUCUGAGGAGUGUAAGAAGUGAAUUCAGCAGGAACGUCGGAGGUUACAGCGUGCCGUAUCGUGAGAAAAGAAAUCCUUUGAACAGCACUCGAUUAUCGUGCUACAAACCGCUGUCGCCUGAUAAGAAGUUCGACACAUUAAAGAAUUACAAAUCAGUCGACGAUUUCCUUUCAUUAGACAAAAUUGAUUCAUCCGACAUGAAUCAUCUCGAUGAUGCAAUCGUCUCAAUGCCAUUCAUUGCAUCAUCGAAAGAUCUCAAAGUAAAUAAUAAGUCUCGUAGUGAAUUGAUUAUUGAAACAGCAGAGACACCAAAGACAAACCUACAAGAUUCUAUUUCGAUGCAUAAGUUAAAGAAACAUGGAAUCACGAACAAGCUUCGAACAAUGUCAGGAAAGACGCAAAAGUUGUUUUCAAAGUUUUACUCAAACUCGAAUCUGAAGUCGAAUUCUUCAUCGUCAUCCGAUGUUUGUCAUGAUUUCAUCCUUCAACGACCUAACAAAGAACCAACAAAUGUGAUCAGCAGUCGAAGAAGCUUAAGCUAUGGAACUCUUCCAGGCAGCAACGAGUUCACUGUGAAGAAGCUCGAGACUGAAGACGGCGAUUCAGGAAUUCUUGUGAAUGAAUCUGGAGCAUCGUCGAUGGUUGAAACAGAUUCGAGUGCUGAUGACAAAACAGAAAUUGAACAAAUCAAGCCUUUACUGUUUGAAAACUUGAAAUCUUCAGCUUCAACUUUGAGAAAUGAAAGCGAACCUGAAACUACUGAUGAAAAUAGAAUAAACAUUCAAUCAGACAACAAGUUAUAUGAUCUGUCAUCAUGCCGAUUCUCUAACAGCACCGAUCAAAUUCUUUCAACAAACUCUCCGUCAAAGUUUUUAACGAAACGUUUUCGCAACAGAUCUGUAGAUGAUUUGAAUGAAAAGAUGAGUGAAAAUGUUCCAAAGCGCAAUUCCAUUGUCUCUGAGAUUGUCGCUAUGAUCGAAAAGAACGAAACUAAAUUCAACACGAUGAAGAAUCCUCGUCGAUUGAAGUCACCAACGACAACUUCGCCCGACACUUCUGCAACAAAGUUUUGUGCCAUCAACAGUUUGAAUCUUUGUGAUGAUGAGAAAUUAAAACUGAAAUCAGCGCAAUCGAAAGACAAAAUUUGUGAUGAGAAUGAAACAGCAAAUCGAAUAAAUUUCGAUGAAAGUCUUGCGACAUUGCCAAGCACGCCAAACUUCUGCACAUUACCACGAAGAACCAAAACAAGUCCAAACUGCUUAUUUCUCACAGUGACAUUAGAGAAAGGACCUGGAAAGAAGUCUUUGGGAUUCACAAUCGUCGGCGGUGCUGACAGUCCACGCGGUGCCCUCGGAAUCUUCAUCAAGAGCAUCAUGCCCAAUGGACAAGCCAUCGAGAGUGGAUUGUUGAGAGCUGGUGAUGAAAUUCUAGCUGUCAAUGGUCAAGUUUGUCAUGAUCUGACACAUCAAAACGCUGUCAGAAUGUUCAAAAGCGUCCGAAGUGGCGAAAUCGUUCUCAACAUUUGUAGACGCAAAGGCAAUGUUUGUGUUGUAAACCAGAAGCAAAUGAACAAAAAACUUCAAAUGUUUAAUUAA